UUUAAUUUAACCGAAGUGAGAUGCAGCCGAUGACAAACUGAUAAACUAAACUAAACAAAAAAUAAAAAUCAGAAAGCUGUGUGCGUACAGGUUACGUCAAUGACGUCAACGCGUUACAGAACGUGUAAAGACUUGCCGCGCAACAGCCAAUCGCAUUGGUGCGGGGGAUCACCCGGCAAAACAAACUAACGAGUGGCAAGAUGCUGUCGAAUGGAGAUGUCAAUGCUUGUCUUCGUAAACUGGAAACUCUCCUGCGGACCAUAAAGUACCCAGGACAUGUGGACUAUAAUGGCCUUUCCAAAGGGGAUCCCUCCGCUUUCCUACCUAUUGUGAGCUUCACCCUCACCUCCUUCUCUCCACCUUUUGCUAACCAACUGAUGGAGGAUGGACUUGAGCUGACUGGCAAAACGGACCUCCGAUUCACUGACACUCUUUAUAAGGUACUGCGAGAUAUCUUCCACUAUAAGCCCAUACUGACCAAGCAGCAGUUUCUCCAGUGGGGGUUCUCUGUGAGGAAGAUCUCUGUAAUCUGUGACAUCAUUAACUUGGUCCUGCAGAAACACAACCUACUAAAGAAGAGACCCGUUAAACAUUUACAGUUGCAGCAGAGAGUCAGAUGUCCUCCCUCACACAAGGAAGACAGAGGAGAAGCCCAUCCGACCCUGACUGAUGCAGACACUAUGUCCAAGAAGCCAGUGGUUGAGAAUCACAUGGGAAAUUGCUCCAUUUCCCCCACAAACUCCUCCCAUGCAGAAGCAUUCUCCUCCCAUAUUGUGACUCAUAUUUCUCAUAAUGAAGUGCACUCGUCCACUUCUCCUAGAGAGGGAGAGCUGGCAGGACAGGGUGUGGACAACGAUCACCUCCUCUAUUCGUCAGAAGUAGAGGGGAGGCUGUCCGCACUGGAAGCUCAACUAGGGAGUGUGGUGUGUGUGCUGGACCGGCUCAGUGUGCUGGAGGAGCGCAUGGAGGAACGUGACCAACACAGAAACACAGACAAGGAUGAAGAACAGGUCAUCACGAUAUCCAGAGAGAGCUGGGAAAAUCUGAUGAGCAGAUUGCUGUUAUUGGAAACUAAAGUAGAUCUGAACAAUAUACAGUUAAGUGUCCCGCCGCAGUGUCCAUCCUGUCCAUGUGCAUCUAACUACUCAUCCAGCUCCAUGUCUGAUGCUUCAAAGGGGGACAUCAAGGACAGACUGGAUAGGAUCACAAACAUGCUGAAGAGCACCUCCAGUCUGCUGAAGAUCACCGAGUCUUCCAGUUAGUUUGUGUUGAAACAUUAUCUGACAUGUUCCUUAUUAAACCGAAUGAUCACCGUUUUGUAUCAAUCAGCUUGAUCUGAAGCUUCUAUAAGCCUCUUGUACUUCUGACAAGCUCUGAGUGAGGAAGAAAUACGGUCACUAUGAAAGUGAAAGAGCCCUGGCUGCAAGGACCGGCCCUUCACAAAUAAAUGCUCUAUUUUUCAAACUGCA